AGGUGGUGGCGCAUGCGCCCUGCCCUGGGGGCCCCCGGGGCUCGGCCCGUCCGCGUCGCCCUCAGGGUGGGGGGACCGCGGUGGCGGAGCCGGGGCUCCGCUCGCUCCCCGGGGGCGCGCGGUCCAUUUGGCCCCGGCCCCGCCCUCCGGCUCCGCCCCGCCCCGUCCCGCCCCGUCCCGCCGUCGCUGUGCCGACGGCAUCCUGCCGCCGCGUUCAGCGCCUCGCCGCCCCCUUCCCGGGGGGUUCCGCCAUGGCAAUGACAGGCCCAACACCGUGCUCAUCCAUGAGCAAUCAUACCAAGGAGCGAGUUACAAUGACAAAGGUGACAUUAGAAAACUUCUAUAGCAAUCUCAUCGCACAGCAUGAAGAACGGGAGAUGAGACAAAAGAAGCUAGAACAAAUGAUGGAAGAAGAAGGCUUAAAAGACGAAGAGAAGAGAAUCAGGAGGUCAGCACAUGCACAAAAAGAAACAGAAUUUCUUCGUCUGAAGAGAACAAGGCUUGGUUUGGAAGACUUUGAAUCUUUAAAAGUAAUAGGCAGAGGAGCAUUUGGAGAGGUGCGACUUGUCCAGAAGAAAGAUACGGGGCAUGUUUAUGCAAUGAAAAUACUCCGUAAAGCUGACAUGCUUGAAAAAGAGCAGGUUGGCCAUAUUCGUGCAGAGCGGGACAUUCUAGUGGAGGCAGACAGUUUGUGGGUUGUGAAAAUGUUCUAUAGCUUUCAGGAUAAGCUAAACCUCUACCUUAUUAUGGAGUUCCUGCCUGGAGGUGAUAUGAUGACGUUGUUGAUGAAAAAAGACACACUAACAGAAGAAGAGACACAGUUCUAUAUAGCUGAGACUGUGCUAGCCAUUGAUUCUAUUCAUCAAUUGGGUUUUAUCCAUCGAGAUAUCAAACCAGACAACCUUCUUCUGGAUAGCAAGGGCCACGUGAAACUUUCAGAUUUUGGUCUGUGCACUGGACUAAAGAAAGCACACAGAACAGAGUUUUAUAGAAACUUGAACCAUAGUCUUCCUAGUGACUUCACUUUCCAGAACAUGAAUUCCAAACGGAAAGCAGAAACAUGGAAGAGAAAUAGACGGCAGUUGGCUUUUUCUACUGUGGGAACUCCAGAUUACAUUGCUCCUGAAGUUUUCAUGCAGACAGGCUACAACAAGCUUUGUGACUGGUGGUCACUUGGGGUCAUCAUGUAUGAGAUGUUGAUUGGUUAUCCACCUUUCUGUUCUGAGACUCCUCAAGAAACGUACAAGAAAGUAAUGAAUUGGAAAGAGACGCUCACAUUUCCUCCAGAGGUUCCAAUAUCUGAUAAAGCAAAGGAUCUUAUUUUAAGAUUUUGCUGUGAAUGGGAGCACAGAAUUGGUGCAUCUGGUGUGGAGGAAAUAAAGAGUAACCCAUUCUUUGAAGGGGUUGACUGGGAGCAUAUAAGGGAAAGACCUGCUGCGAUUUCAAUAGAGAUUAAAAGCAUUGAUGAUACCUCAAACUUUGACGAAUUUCCAGAAUCUGAUAUCCUUAAACCAACAGUGGCAACAAUUAACCAUCCAGAUACUGACUACAAGAACAAAGACUGGGUUUUUAUCAAUUAUACAUACAAGCGUUUUGAGGGCCUGACAGCCCGAGGAGCAAUACCAUCCUAUAUGAAAACAGGAAAGUAAUUUACCUUUACCUAGGACAACUUCUGAACUGUGGAAUUUUGUUUCUGUACCUUGGUUGUUUUUUUUGUUUUGUUCUGUUUUGUUUUGUUUUUGUUUUUGUUUUUUACUCAUAAAAGAACUUUUUAUCUUUUUUAUUAUUAUCAUUUUCUUAAAGAAAACUUGAGGGCUAUCACCUUUUGGAGAAGACUUCAAGACCCUCUUUUGUUACACACUUUGGCUGUUACUAAGGAUUUGUUCUUCUGCACCAUUGAAAACUUCCACAAAAUGUCAUCUCUGCUGCAAGCAUGUUCUGCUGCUUCAGGAGCAAGAGUUUUGAGUUUUCCUUUUAAAUUCUUUGCCAGACUGUGCAGUCCAUCAGGAGAUCUAAGCAGGCCUUCACUUUGACAUCGCAAAGCAUGUGACAUCACAUUAUAUGGAUGAUUUUGCUAGUUCUGCAUUAAGUAACAUAUUCAAUCUGACAGUUCUACCAGCACUGUUUUCCUGGUGGACUUCAGUAUAAUGGAAAUAAAGCAAUAAUUACAGCUUGAGGUAGACAACUCUCCGGUAAACUAUCUAGUGGAAAGAUACAACAUAUAUUGCCUUAACUUUAGUUUGUAAUACUGUUUUUUUAUGAUGCUACGUGAAAUCCUCUUCAAUAGCGUUUCUUAAUUUUGUCGCAGUGGCCUCAAGUUGCAGUGCACUUUACUUUUGGUACUACUUUUUGGACCCUCAAGGUAUUCAAUAUUUUUCUAAAUUAAAAAAAUUGUGCAACACUUUUUUCUCCUAUACAGUAGUAAUAGAAAUGGGCCACUUCCUCCACCAAGCACCAGCAGUUUUCAGUUGUUGUAUGAAAAGAUGGAUCUAUAAGCAAUGCAGAUAAUGAAGACUACAGCUAAUAACACAAGUGGAUCUGGAAUAAGGGCAGAGAAAAGGGAGAAUUCAUUUAACCAGAUCAUUGGUAGUAGGCAUGCUGGGUACAGUCGGGUCAGCCAUGAGGUUUCUGGAUCCUGAUGCUGCCAACUUUUGGCCACUUUUAAGAUUGGCAUCUUCAUCUUUUUUAGACAAUACUGUCUUCUGUGGCCUUUUUGCUCUUGGUUUUGAGCAAAACAGUAUUAAAUUAUUCCACAAGUCUUGCUGACCAAAGCCUCCUUGAUUUCCUUUAGAACUCCUUGAGAACUCGUCUUGCUGUCAUGACUGAACCAGCUGUCCUUUGUAGUCCUCUGAGACAGUGCCUCAUGGGGUCAGCUUUGGAGUGGUGGGACCCCUAUGUUCUUUGAAUUUUGUCUAAUGUAACUUAUAAAGGUACAUUCAGUUAUGAUCAGAAUGCUCUCCAGGAGAGCCCCAAGGUGUCUUUCCUUGCCUAAAUAUCUCUGAGAACAUCGCUGCAUUUUGAGAGGGAGGAUUCUGCCUCAGCUGAGCUUUUUAUAAUGUUGAUUAAUUUUUAUAAUAAUUUAUAAUCAUGAGCAUCCAUCUUGUAGUUGCCACCUGCCACUGGAACUGCAGAGUUAUUAAUCUUUGGGCCUGCCUGGUACUAGUCUUUAAUUUGCAAUUAUAAGUUUUUAAAACUUUAAGGUUUCUAAAACCUCAAAUUUCUUGUGUUUAUCAAUUUGAACUAAGAUUGUUGAAAACUUUUAUUGGUGCUGAACACUAAUGGCAUAGCACAGACAGAAAAGCUGUUUAGAGACAAAACAAAGCUGGAGCAGUAGUAAUAGUAAUUCAUAGUAAUAGGAAGGCUUUCAGUUAUGUUUAGUCCUAACUUUCUAGAUUAGGAAAUUAAAGAAAAUAGGGUCUCUUUUUUUUUUUUUUUGGUGCUUUUAGGGAAUUUUCACCUAGAUGUCUUGAAUUGAGUGCCAUCAUGAAGGACUGAGUCGGGGGGGACAGAAAGCACUGUAUAUAGCUAAGAUGGAGUGAUAACUCAUUAGCAUCAUCUCCCUAACCAUCUCCUUGUGCUUAGUGUGUCCUAGGAGUUAAAUGAAUUGCUAUAAUUAGAUAGAUACCCCAUAGAUCCUAAAAAGCUGAACUUGCAAGAAUAGCCUUAAUAGAAGUACGAGGAAUACUGUAGUCAGUAGGAAUUACUCAUAUGAAUAAGGGCUAACUGAGGUAAUGAUUUAUAGGAUCAGGUUUUUUAUCAACUUGUCAGUAAUACUCCACUCUACCCUCUUUAUCUUUUAUGAGGGCUGAUAGCUACUUCUCAAACUGUUCUCUCUCCCUAUCCUGCAGUGUCUUUUAACCAUUGGAAACUGUUGCUUUAUAAACCACUGGAAAAUUGAGAGGUAUUAAUAUUGAAAUGCUUAAAAAAAAAAAAAAAAAAGCUUAGUUACUGCCUGAAAAAUUAACAAAGCAAAAUCUUUUAAAAUUGCUGUGGAUUAGGAGUAAAUGAUUUUGAGACAGUAGCUGCAUUAUAGCCCUUUAGUAAAGGGACUGGAAUUUUUAUUUAUAAAUACCAAAGAUAAGAUAAACUAUACAAUUAUAAGUUGUGAUAAUGCGCUGUGAAAGCCUUUAUAGUAAUAUGUAUUUUGCAUUUUUAGUGUAUAUGUUUUAGGGUCUUCUGAAACCUCAGAUUGUUCACUUUUUUUGAGGUAAAGGUGAAGUUUUUUAGAAGUGCAAGCAACAGUAGGGUACCUCAUUCCCGUGUCUUUCAGUAGGAGUUGGAUGUCUGCAUAUAAUCCUCUGAAAGCCUUGGACAUCACUUUACAGUGGUAGGUUUUGUAUCUCAGUUGCGUCAUAAGCCUGCUUCCUAUUAACAGGCAUUUACCAACAACCUGUUGUUUCCAGGAUCCUUAUUUCACUGCUAACAGAUCAAGAUUUUUGUAUACCUCUUCCCUCACCAAUGUGUUAGCCAAACAUUUUUAUUAGCUGCUGGCUCGUGUAUCGAUGCAUAUUGUCUUAUGUAUCUUUUAGAUCUUUUUUUAAGAUGCAAGCAGGGUUUAUUUUUGUCUUUUUUUUUUUUUUUUUUUUUUCAGCUAGACUUCUAGGAAUUAUUCUAAUCUGGAUUUCCAAUGAAUCAGAACUUGAGUUUUGAUGCCAGUUCACCUUUGUAUCAUGCCUAACACAAAACUGCACUAAGUGUUUCUUAUCACUGUGCCCUGAUUCUGCCUUAACCCUAUAAUUUGAAAAAGUGUUUUGCAAAUAUUUAAAAACUGUUACCAAAUUGCACUGUAAGACUUGGCAGAUGUAUUGUGUGAUGUUGGAGGAGCCAACUUUUUAUGGAACAAUCUCUAUGUUGUAGUAUGUAAAUAAAAUCCUCUUAGUAAACAAAA